CUUGCCUGGCUGGAGGUCUCAGCUGAGAGGGGCUGUCAUAGCCCAGGGCUGGGAGCUGCUUCUGCUGGGAGAGGGCAGGGGAGAGAAGGUCUUGUGCAGACAGAGAGAGGCUGGGACUUGGCUGGGGUGGCUCCUGGGCUUUGAGCUGGGCACUGCAGUGUGGGCCAGGAGGUGCCUGGGCUGCAGGGCGUUUGGGUGCAGUGCUGCUUCUCGUGUGUCCUCACUUUGUGCUUCUCCCUGCCCUCUGUGCCAGGUGCACCUGUGACCCCGAGCCAUGUCCUGCUGCAAGCCCUGCGACCCUUGCUGCCAGCCCUGCGGCCCCUGCCCGCUGGCCAACAGCUGCAAUGAGUGCUGUGUCAGGCAGUGCCAGAGCUCCCACGUUGUCAUUGAGCCGCCUGCUGUGCUGGUGACCCUGCCCGGCCCCAUCCUCAGCUCCUUCCCACAGAACACCGCCGUGGGAUCCUCCACCUCUGCUGCUGUUGGCAACAUCCUCAGCUGUGGCGGAGUGCCCAUCAGCUCCGGGGGCUUUGACAUCUCCUGCAUCACCAACUGCUAUGGUGGCAGCAGAUGCCGUCCCUGCUAA